CUUUCCAGCACUUGUAUAUACAAAGUGUACAUAAAUUAGCUUCUUAAGAUGAGCUCCGGGGGCAGAGGCAGCCGGGGCAACAAAGGUCCGAAGGCGGGUGGCGGUGACCGUAACACCACUGCUGCAACACAACAGCAACAGUCACAGCCAGUUCAGGAACAGAAACUGGACAGCCAGGCUAUAGAUAAAGACAAGGGUGGAGAAGCUGUGCCACACAAGAUUGCACCCACAGCGGAACAGCUUCGAAUUGCCCAGAUGAUUGACAGUAUGCGAACAGAACCAGAAAAAAAGCUCCAGGAGAAAAUGAAUCAGGUGAUGCAGUUCACAGGCGUAAAUGCAGAUGAUGCCUUGGUGGCCCUCCACGACUGUGAUAAUGACGUGAAUGCUGCCAUUGACGCUCUGCUAGAAGGGGACGAUCAAGGCAAGUGGCAAGAGUCAACCAAGAAGAAGAAAAAGCCUACACCAAGCAAGCCAACGGAGACAGAAAGCAACAAGGAAAAUCGGCGUGUCGACUCCCGAGAGCGCAGCGGAUCUCGGCCAAGGGGAGGUGGACCACCCAGGUUUAGAGGGCGAGGUGGAGGCAGUGGCCGUGGUGGCCGUGACAGUGAAAGCUGGGAUGGCCCUGGCCGUGGUGAAGGGUCAAGGCGAGGCAGGAUGACCAACGGAACUCCCAUGGCAAGAGGACGAGGUGGACGCGGUCGAGGGAAUUCCAUGGGCCCACGUACAUUCCAGAACAGACAGGCUCCUGGGUUCCCUGAUUCCAUAGACACCUGGGGACCUCUUACAGAUGAAAAGCCCAAUCAUCAAAACAAUCUCAAGAUUGACAAUUGGGAUGACGAACCAACUCCUGGUACAGAUGAUUGGGACAGUGAGUGGACGGGGUCAUUAGAUCAGACUACAGUGUUUGGACCUUCUGGUGGUACUAGUGCCACAACUGUGGCACCCCCAUUGGCAGAGAACAUGGCUGAUCCAAUGGCAGUGGGCAAUCCAGCAGUAGCCCCAACUGCAUGCUCAGCUGUGGGCUCUACUGUUGGGCAGUCUGUAAGCCCAGCUGUUUCUCUGGCACCCAGCCAAGCCUAUACCCCAAACCCACCUCAAACCUAUCAACCUCCACAGGUGUCCAACUACUCUACAGCCAGUGUCUCUACUUAUUCCUCAUCCACAGCCUCCACGGCUUCUAUCACUCAACCCCAGACUAUGGACUUGGCUGCCCUUCUUCAAAAGGCAGCCCCACAGUCUACCCUGACUGGUCUAGUUUCCUCUGCACAGUUAGGUGGGAAUAGCAAUACCAACAGUGGAGGUGGUGGUGGUGGAAGUAGGGGAGGUGGGGCCUCCCUUGUACCCCCAGCACCAGGACUGAGUGUUGGAGGCCAGCAUGGGAUAUUAGGUGGGCUCAGCACCAAUGUUGGUGAAUCUUUGAAGGCUGGAGGUCUUGUGGGAACAGUGGGCGUGUCAGUCACUUCUCCAUCACCGGCAUCCUCAACACCGGCACCAUAUGCCACACCAACAGCCCAGCUUCAAGCAGCCAUCUUCUCAAGCUCUGGUCUGCACAGUGGGGUUACAAGCAGCCUAGCAAGCAGCAUAAGCAACAACAGCAAUGUAAUUAAUAAAGCAGUUAGUCUGUCUUCUGUUAGUGCCAGCUUACCUUCUCGUCCGAAGACGCAGAGACCCCGAAUACCACAGGCUUCAAAGAUACCCCUCUCUGCAGUUGAGAUGCCUGAAGAUGCCAUGGCUGCAUUGGAUGUACAAUUCAGUGGAUUAGAAUUUGGUACAGAGACCUUUGACUUUACUGCAGAUGUAAAGACAAGCUCAAGCAGUACUGGCCUUGUUAGUACUACGCCUGUUAAUGCCCUAGACCCAUCUGCCUCCACUCCUGUCUCCAAGGAUCUCACAUCUGCUCCUCUCUCAUCAUCUCUGGCACAGACGCAAAAGCUGCUGUCUUCAGCCAGGCUCAGAUCUACCAGAAAUAUUGCUCAAAACAUCCCUCUAUCAGCUGGCCAGCUUGGACCUGAGCCCAUUCCAUUCCCCUCCUCUCAAACAAGUGAGCGCAAACCCUCUGGAGGGGCCUUCGUGCCUGGGAACCAACGUAGCAGUGUCAGCAACAGUGCAGCACCUCAGGGCCUGUCAGACCUUACCAAGAAUGAGACUGGUGGUAGUACGGGUGGUUUAGGGAGCCUGGUUGGGUCUGCUGGCCCAACAUACCAGUCCUACACCAGCUCCAAGUCCUCCACCUCCUUCCCUUCCCCACCCUCUGCCCCAUACUCACAGCCACCCUCACAGAAUUCCUACACAAACAGCAGUCAACAGGGAGGCAAUGGUGGUAGCAGCAGCACUGGUUACAGCAAUGCUAAUAGUGCAGCGGUUGCAACCAAUAGCAACAACAAUACCAGUAGUUCACAGCCAACAGGUGGCUAUGGAUCCAGUUUCUCUGCUCAGGCAUCAGUUGCAGGAAACAGCAGCAGUCAGUAUCAGAACAGCUACGUUAAUGCCUCUAGUCAUUCAUCGCUGGGUACCAUCACGGCUCCGAAACCUCUUACGGGGCUACCAACUGCACCUUCUGUAGUAAAAGAUACUGCACAGAGUUAUGCAGAGCAGACAUCAACUGGAGGCUCAGGGUUGUCCAGUACGCUAUCCACAAGUGCUUCAGUUAGUAGCAGUAGCACAAGUAAUAGCACUGGUCCAACAGUGUUAUCGGCCUCAUUGAACUCUGCUUCUGCACAUCCUGUACAGCCUUCUAAACCCUCUGUACCAGGCAAAGUUAUGAGUGGAUUAAGUGGUGCAGUGCCUCCAGGUGUACAACAGCAUCAGCAGCCUCAUAUACACCAGCAACAGGCACAGCAACAUCAGCACCAGCAAGCACAGCAACAUCAGCAGCAGCAACAGCAAGCACAGCAGAUGAUGGCUCCGCAUUCCCAAUAUGUUUCCCCACCAGCUGCUGCAGCUCUGCAGGGUGCUCUCCCACCUGCCUUCUACACAGGCCUUCAGCAGCCUGCUAUGUAUUCUUUGGAAGACUUCCAAUUACUACAACAACGGCUGCCUCAUAUGCAGGCUCCAACCAGUUUAGCCACUGGCCGUGACGGGAACAUGACGUCGGCGGCUUACUCUGCAGCUGAUGCUAAAUUCCGAACUGACCAAAAUUCCUCUCCUGUUCCCUCCACUAUGAAUCAACAAGGAGCACAGGCAGGUGGUACAUACAUCACAGCAGCUGGCAAUGCAGCAAUGCCCCCGUUCUACAUGUACCAUAAUAUGGCAGCAGUUCCAAGCUCCUUCCCCCAAUAUGGAACACCAACUGCUAUAAUUCAGAUACCACCUGUUACUAAUGCACACACUGGGUCAAACACUAACCAGUUCCCAGCAGCACCCAAGUUGCAGUAUGGUACUGGAAGCUACUAUGAAAACUUAUCACAGACUCAGGACUUCAAGACUGGUUACGGAUCAGCGUCCCAGAAUCAGAACAAGGCUGGUGGAGCAUCAACAGGCUCAGCCACUAAUUCAGGGACUGAACUUGGAGGUUAUAAGAGUCACCUUAAUAAAGUAGGAAGGUCAUAUGACAAGCAAGGUUUCCAUACGGGAACUCCCCCGCCAUUCAACCUGGCUGGCUCUGGCACCAAUCCCAUGACUGCAUAUGCAUGGACCGCGGCUAUGUUCAUCCCUACUAUCCCAGCUGCUGCACAGCACCACUCCCCUCUAAUGCAUCAUCAGCUCCACCAGGUAGGUUUUUUAUGCAUGUUGAAAUGAAAACCUAACAUUAUU